AUGGGCUGUUCUGAAUCUGCUCCCUUUAAAUCAUCUCUCACGCAAAAAACACAGUCAACAAUAGACACACCCUCAACACUUGCUAAAUGUGUCCUUCCUCUCUCCUUAUCUGCCUCCUUUGACAAUUUUGACACUUAUGAACUCGAUGAUCAAACCAUAUCACAUUAUUAUGAUGAAAUUCAACAGAAAGUCAUCACCAUACCAAAAUUACGUUCCAUCGAUAAUUCGAUGAUUAUUUAAAGAAGAAAAAUGCUCAGACUUUGA